AGUGCACCGAUAGGUGGCAGUGGGUAUCUCAGGUAGAAAUUCCCAAUAUAUCCCAGCAGCCGCUCAGCUGUCACACACACACACACACGGAGAGAGCGCAGGAGUCUCGCGCAGAGUUUCACCAAACAGAGAGUGCCAGAGUCGGGGAACGGGCACUUCACGCCGCCGGAGCCGGAGACACAGCACUCGGACGGGGACUGGUACGGAUACAUCUCGUAUCGGAGUUGUGAGCAAUGCGCUGGCAGCAUGGCCAGAUGGUUCAAGGAGCACCUGGGUUUCAAAACCACCAAAGCCCCGCCACCGGCGCCUCCUAAACCGGACUACCGACACUUCCACACCGCCGUCUCCAGCCCUCCGGCGUUCCACCUCCAGCAGCAGACGGGCACCGGGUUAAUGUCCGCGCAGCCCGACAUCCUCACCGCCUACAAACUCCAGAAGGAGCUGGACUUCGAGGAUCCGUACACGCCGGGCGGAACCGUGCCCUUCUCCAGCGGACUGAGUUCCGCGGGCUCGCCGGACGUCAAGUACGUGUCUCCGAAGCACCGGCUCAUAAAGGUGGAGACGGUCGAGCGCAGCGGCUCGAGCUCGGGCAGCAGUAGCGGGGCGACCGCGGUCAAAUCCCCCAGCUCUCCACCCGUCGAGCCCGAGAACGGCAAGCAGGAGAAGCUCAUCAUCCUAGAGGACUAUGCCGACCCCUUUGACGCAGCGGACCAGGCGGGUGGCACCCAGACGGUCACAGAAAAGCCAACGGAGAACGACGGCUACAUGGAGCCCUACGAAGCGCAGAAGAUGAUGGCUGAAAUCCGAGGCGGUCGCGCUCCUAAAGACGGUCCGGUCCGGCAGCUUCCUCUAUACGACACUCCGUACGAGCCGGAGGAGAACGGAGGAGAUCCAGACGGAGGUGUGUGUUCCCGCGAGAGCAGAUUACCGCAGGACGACGAGAGGCCGCCGGAGGAGUACGACCAGCCCUGGGAGUGGAAGAAAGACCGCAUAUCCAAAGCCUUCGCAGUAGAGAUUAAAGUCAUUAAGGAUCUGCCGUGGCCUCCUCCGGUCGGGCAGCUCAGCACCGGUCCUCCUCUGUUGGAGGCGGUGGAGGCUCCGUCUUCUCCGGGACUCAGCGCCACAGCCUCAGCCUGCGACCAGCUCCAGCACGUGCAGUUUGACGGCGUGGAGAAGUCCCACAUGUCUCCCACUAAGGACCUGAAGUGUCGUCCUCUGCAGCGGCACUCAAGCGGCUGUCUGGUCAGCACUAAGAUGAGCUCUGUGGAGCCCAGCGGGCCGAGCGUGGGCGAGCGCAUCGACCCGUCCAUGCCUCUGGAGAGCCAGUUCUGGUAUCACGGAGCCAUCAGCCGAACGGAUGCCGAGGCUCUGCUGCGCUUGUGUAAAGAGGCCAGUUACCUGGUGAGAAACAGUGAGACUAGUAAGAACGACUUCUCGCUCUCGCUCAAGAGCAGUCAAGGCUUCAUGCACAUGAAGCUCUCCAGGACCAAAGACAACAAGUACGUACUGGGUCAGAACAGCUGCCUGUUCGACAGCGUUCCCGAGAUCAUCCACUUCUACUCCAGCCGCAAACUACCAAUCAAAGGGGCCGAGCACAUGUCCUUGCUGUACCCCGUGGCCAUUCGGACACUAUAGAGGCAGAAACGCUGCCGAACCAGGACAUUUGUUCAGCGUUUACAAGACAGCGACAAACUAAAGUGCUACUGAGAUCCCGAAGGCAAAACGGGAGACUCCUGGAAGCCUCAUUCGUCUCGUCUCGAGGAACGUGAUUUCUCUGUCCUUCAAAUGCCUUCUUCAUGAUUCCAGACCCGUUUUCUCCCUUUUUCCUCACAUAAGUGGAUCUUUAGUCUUAGACCUGCACCCACACUUUAUCUCCACUGUUACACACUGUACAGAAACCCGAAAUGUCGCUCAGACUUUACCUUUCGGAUGUUUAUAGUUACGAUUUCUGGACAUGUGAAUCAUUAGACAUUCUUGAACAUUAAAGCGCCACAGUAAACGGAGAACAAAGACACUGAAUCAUACUGAAGCGAAACCUCAUCGUCUGGACUUUCUGUGACGAUAUUGUCAAUCAGUUGGGUUCGGUGAAAUAUUAGCUAAUCAUUAAACAUGAACAUUUUCAGAUCAUACAGUAAAAUAAACCCCAGAAGACUGAAAUCGAGCAUUCAGCAUUUUCCGGUUAGACCCACAGAUGUGAAGAGUAAUCGCUACGCAGACAGAUCAUUAAGUCCCUUAAAAUAGCAGUAAUAGCGCAGAGCGAGAGGAGAAGAGAUGGAUGGUGCCAUUUAAGUGCACUUGGACAGGCGGCUAUGCAGAUCAGCGUGAAAAAGGACCUUUUAAUUUAACGUUCAAAGAGAGUCACUUCAUACACCAGAGUAUAGGAUGAUCUUGAGCAAGGAGAAUGAAAUAUUCCUGCAUUGUCUACCUCAGAAAAUCAAUUUCGUUCGUCCAUCCGCCGGUCGAUAAGGUACAGUGACGUUGCAGAUAUCGAUCGUCUCAAGUUCCCACCAAAUUUUGCCUUUUGGUUUGAGCAUAGCUUCUUCCUUGACCCUGAUUUCUAUGCUGUUGUGACUCUGUUUGGUUAAUGCCUUAUACUGUAAAUGCAUGGAUUAAAAAAGAAAACAAAUGGAGAACGCUGUCGUUCGAUGAAUGUUUAGUGGCUGUAAUUUAUUAUGGAGAAAAAAAUAAUGCUAUUGCUGAUGUUUUAGUCCAGCUAAGACACUGUUCUUGGCCGGUGUGUGUGUGAUAUAUCUGAACUUUAUAAAGUGUGUCAUAUAUCUGACGUGUCUUCGCCAUUGUCCCCACCUGAAUACGCAGAUUUGUCUUGACCCUUCCUCUGACCUCUGGUUUUCCUCAUUUGCCAUCGUCCGGUUUCUUUUGUGUCGUUGUUUCUCUCUCUCUCUCACUCGGCGUGUUUGUUUAAAGCAUGAUGCCCGACACAGUCGUGCUACAGAUAUAAAGCCUGUGUGAUUGGAUUACUGUCAAUCCUUGUGUUUCAUUCUUGUUUUCAGUUCAUCGUUUCCCUCUCUGAUACAAUUUUUGUAUUCUUUCAACCCUUAAAGGGACAGUUCCACCCAAAAAAUGAAAAUUGUCAUAAUGUACUGACCUUCAUGUCAUUAUUUUGCUGAAUGUCGGUCUUUGGCUGUUCUUCUCCAUACUGUUAAUUCAGAAGAGUUAAUGCAACUUCAAAAAUGUUAAAAAAUCACCCAAAAGGUAUCAAAAAGUA